UUUGAAUCUCCACUGAUGUUUGAAGUUCCAGAGCACCAAGGCAACAGCGCAGACAGCUCGGGAAGCAGCUUGGGAAGUUCUGUGACAGCAUGUAAGAAGAUUCUCUGCAGUAACAGUCUGCUAGAGUCAACAGACUACUGGCUGCAGAAUCAGAGGACACCAUGCCAAAUAGGCUUUCUGGAAGACAAGUCAGAAAGCAACUGUGCCUCAGUUUGUUUUGUGAAUUUAGAUGCAAACAGAGAUGACUGCAGUGACGAGCAAGUGAAACAGAGAUUGAUCAGCGUCUCUCCAAAUCUCCCCAAACUUAUCAGCUCCAUGAAUGUACAGCCACCAAAGGAAAACGAAAUAGUCCUGCUGAGUGGAUUAACAUCAGGAAAUGUUCAGGCUGAUUAUGAAGUUCCGCAGUGUCCUUGGCUGGCAGAUGUCUGCUUGGUUCAGUGUGCACGGGGGGACAGGAAAAACAGCACAAGCUGCAUCAUCUUUGAAAUAAACAAGUUUCUGAUUGGACUUGAGCUUGUUCAGGAGAGACAGCUGCAGAUAGAAGCUAAUGUCUUAAAGCCCGAGGAUGAUACAAACUGUUCAGUGUCCUCAAUAGAAGAAGAUUUUCUCACAGCAUCUGAGCACCUCGAAGAUGAAAAUGAGGCUGAUGAAUAUAAAGCUGGUCAUGAAAAAUUAAGUGCUCCUGAACUUUCUUCAGAUCUCAAAAAGAAUAAAGGAAAGGGACUUGAAAAUCUCCACUACAGAAAAGCCAAGUUGCCAUCUAUUCUUGAUGGAAACUGUGUUAAUAAAGAUAACACAGGUACCAGAGUCUCGGAAGCUGUGAGUGUCGUGGCUGCGGACAGCAACGUACAACUUGAAGAUAAGCCAGCCCAGGAAAUACUCUGGCAGAAGGAAUUAGCUGAAAGAGCUACAUCAUCCCUCCAUACUAAUAAUUUGACUGACAAUUUUGGAAAUUCCUGCUCCGCACCUGUGUUUGAAGAUGUAUCUGUAACUGCAAUGGCUAAAGAGGGGCCGGGGCCUCUGCAUGACCCUACAGCACAACAGGACGGUAAGACGGAUGUGGAAAAUUCUGCAGGCAUUAGGAAAGCUGAUCCUCCCUUGCAAAAUGAGCAAGCAAUGACAGGUCAGUAUGCCACAAAUUUAGCAGAAUCUGUUCUGCAAGAUGCAUUUAUUAGACUGUCACAGUCUCAACCCACUUUUACUGAUGAGGCUGCCGUUAGCAUCUCCAUAGGAAGCUCCUGUAAAGCAGAAGAUACGACUGCUUCCCGAUCGUGGAAUGAACUUCCCAAGAUUGUCAUAGUGCAAAGCCCAGAUAGCUCUGAGGGUGUCUCUGAAUGGCCGGGAUCGGCAUUCCCAAAUCUGUACCACUGGGCUGAAUCAGAAAGUUCUGCGGAAGUUUCAGAUUCCUGCGAGGAGGAAUAUGCAGACAGGCACACUCAGAGCGCCUUGGAAGUGGCCCUGGCCUGUGCAGCCACAGUUAUUGGAACCAUUUCAAGUCCCCAAGCUGCAGAGAAAUUCAGAAGAGAUCAAGAAGCCACAGACUCCAAAAGCAGAGCAGUUGAUAAUGAAGUGCUACAGACAGCAUCUUCACAGCUCCUUGAUGACUGUGCUGGCACAGAAUAUUCAUUCCCAUCUGCACUGUGUGGCAUGACUCAAGUAGCAAGCGCUGUAGCAGUCUGUGGUCUGGGCGAAACAAAGGAGGAUAAGUACCCUGCAGCUUCAAGUGGGCUCCUGUCUGCUGCUCAGACUUCUACAGCUAUUACUCUUCAUUGUAGCAUAGCCAUAGGGAGCAGCAUGGAGAAGCUGAACGAUAGCAUUGCAGAGACUCUUCUCAAAGAGGCGUCAAUAAUUUUAACAAAGCCCAGUACCUACAAAAACGUAGGGCAUUUUAUGGAGUCUAUGAAUGGGAGAAUCAUUGAAACAGCGGCAAGACCACGGAUUCCACGCUCUGAGGAGGUAAUCAGGGAUGAACUAGCACAAAACCUAUCCAACAUUAUUCUACGACAUUCUGUUGAAGAGGUUAGGAAGAAGAAACAGCUACACCCCCAUUCAGAAUACAGCUCAAGUACACAAGACAUUUUCAUGGAGACUGCAAAUGAGUUGCUUUUUAACGUGAUAUAUUUCACUUACAAGAAGAUGAAUGAUAUAAGACAUGCUGAUGAGUGUUCUCCUCUCUUUUCUGAGGGCACAAAAGCUGAGAAAGGAACCAUAGCAGAAGGUUGGCCGACGCAGGCCACACCACAUGAAACACUGCACGGACCCCCUGAUCACUCUGCUAGCGUGCCCCUGCACACCUCAUACAGCACUAGUGCUAGCAGUGACCUUGGGAAUGUCACAAGCCCUGGGAAAAGUAACGUGGCAGAUGUAGGUAGCUGUGAAGGUGUCCCACUGCAUUCAGCACCAACAAGUAGAGUGACUGGGCCUAGUGCACUUGUUGCAAAAACAUCUCCCAAGAAGAGAUAUUUGAAGAGAACUGCACGAGAGUGUUACAAAUCUCCCAGUCAGAGUAACAGUCAAAAGAAGCAAGACUACACGUCAUUUUCAGAUGGAGGAGAUGCCUUUACAGACAAUGAAGGCAAGCACGGUGUCCAAGAACGACUGUCUUCUGAUGCCACUGUGAAUGCAGAGAACCAGGCCAAGCAUAAGUGUGAUAAUAAUGAUGUCCCAGUUAGCUUGUCUGUACUAGGAAACCACGUCUUGCUCCCUUCUCAGCCUGUGCUACAGGUAAAACAUUCAAGGGACAAAUAUUGUAUAACAGAUUUUGCAGAAGAACUGGCAGAAACGGUCGUCUCUAUGGCAACAGAAAUAGCUGCCAUUUGUCUUGAGAACUCCAAUGGAAAGCAGCCCUGGUUCUGUGCUUGGAAAAGGGGCAAUGAAUACCUGGUCACCCAGAGUUUAUCAUGCCGAACCAUAAAGAGGAAAAAGGAAACUCAGACUAACAGCUCUGUGGUCCGGAAGCACAGGGCACCCAGACUUAGCGAGAUCAAAAGGAAAACAGAUGAGCAUCCAGAGCUGAAAGAACGACUGAUGAAUCGGGUAGUGGACGAGUCUAUAAACCUUGAGGACACACCAGAUUCUGUCAGCAUCUUUGCAAAUGAAGUGGCUGCUAAGAUUAUGAACCUCACUGAGCUCUCUGUGGUUGACAGCAUCUGGCAAGGUCCGAACCAUGCCCGGAACAGGCUGCACUGUGAAAGGUGGAGCCGAGGCAAGGCAUCGAGCUGCGAGAGCAUUCCCGAGGAGGACGCCGAUUCCAAAGGCUCCCUCCGCACCCUCGGCCUGAUGAACGCCUUAGGUCAGCCCGUGAGCCAGACAAGUUCAGUCUCCAAGCAGUCAAGCUGUGAAAGCAUUACAGAUGAAUUCUCAAGAUUUAUGGUGAACCAGAUGGAAAAUGAAGGAAGAGGCUUUGAUUUGUUACUGGAUUAUUAUGCAGGAAAGAACGCAAACAGCAUCCUAUCUUCUGCUUUGCAACAGGUAGCCAAGAAGAAUGGUCAUCUUAAUGUAAAACCAAGCUGCCCAUCCAAACAGUCCAGCACAGAAAGCAUAACAGAAGAGUUUUAUAGGUAUAUGCUAAGAGAAAUAGAAAAGGAAAACAAAGAUAAUGCAUCUUCCCCUCGGAGUUCAAAGGAGUGGUGUGAGAGUUUGCUGCCCCCCUCCCUGCGAACACCUUUCUGUUUCAGACAGUCCUCCAUGCCUGACGGCAGGUCAUCGGGCUCCAGACUAACAGUGAAUACCCCCGUUAAAGCCAACUCGCUGGACGGAUUUGCCCGUCAUCACCAGGAUUCCUUAAGCGUGCAGCCCGUGAGCACCGUGGCUUCCUCAGGUCUCUGCAAAUCUGACUCCUGCCUGUACCAAAGAUGCAAGACUGACCAGAUAACAGACAUGCUGAUUCAUGAGACAUGGGCCAGCUCUAUUGAAUCACUAAUGCGCAAAAACAAAAUUAUAGCAGAUGAGGCAGAGGCUGCAGAGGCAGAUCAGCUUCACAGCGAUUCUCCACAGCACGUGGAACGGUAUGCAAACAGACUGGCUGCAAAUAUUGUGGAAAGUGGUAAAAAUUUUGUUGUUGUCCAGCAGGAUUCUUUCGAUUAUACAAGCCGAGAACACAUGCCAGAAAGCAAGCAUGAGAUGCGGUCAAAACCCAAAGGGGAGCGAGUAGGUUCAGAUGAGAAGAAAGGAUUUGAGAAUGCUGGAUCCCUCCCUGCCAGUCAGCACAGGGAAGUGCCCUUAAUUCAGAUAGAAACUGAUCAACGAGAUGAGCCAGAAGAGUCCUUAACUGCAUGUGAACCUUCUGAAAAGGAGCAUCUAGGCAAAGAAAAGCCUCCAGAAGAAUAUGCUGGGAAGCAGAUGGUUUCCAGUUCCCUACUAAAUAGCAGCAGUCCCCAGAGCAGACCAGAGGCUGAGCUCACAGCAGAGACAAAACCAGCAGAAGAACUUCCAAACCAGCAGAGCAGCAGUGAGGAGAGCACAGGCAGCUGGUCCCAGCUAGCCAACGACGAGGACAACCCUGACGACACCAGCAGCUACCUGCAGCUCAGCGAGAGGUCCCUGAGCAAUGGCAACAGCAGUACAACUAGCAGUCUUGGCAUUAUGGACCUGGAAAUUUAUCAGGAGAACGUGCCACCUUCUCCUGUGAUUAAUGAAUUAGUAGAAGAAAAGGUUUUCCUUAAAGACCAGACAGAAAAUAUAGAAGAAAGCACCUCUGUGCUCUCGGUGGGAACAGCCAAUUGCCAGAAGGAGCUGCUGGUCAUCAACUUCGACCUGGAGCCGGCACGGCCCGACGCAGAGCUGCGAGCCACGCUGCAGUGGAUAGCUGCCUCGGAGCUUGGGAUUCCCACCAUCUAUUUCAAGAAAUCUCAGGAGAACAGAAUUGAAAAGUUCUUAGAUGUUGUGCAACUUGUUCAACGGAAGUCCUGGAAAGUGGGGGAUAUUUUCCAUGCCGUGGUGCAGUACUGCAAGCUCAGCGAGGAAGGCGGCGAGAUGACACCGAGCCUGUUCGACUGGCUCCUCGAAUUGGGCUAAAGUCACUUGUUCUGCAGUUUUGUUUUGAUACUGUUUAAAUAAGCAGUAGUUUGUGUAAUGCUCUGAUUUCCAAAUAUCACUGAGUAAAAUGAGCAAAGAUAUACAAACUCUACAGAAACAGCACGCAUCUGUUCCACAACUAUACACUGAGCAAAGGGAAAUCAAGGUGUGUCGUAUCUUUUGUAUCAUGAGGGACUCUUCUCUUGACAUACUGUGCUAUAGGAUGUACUGUAACUGGGAGGGGAUGAAUUUUAGCCUUUUGGAUUAUGAACUAUACAGUAAAGGCUUAAAUUAAUAUCUAAUAUGAUUGGAUUAAAUCAACCAACUAAAACUUAAUAAUGUGCUAAAACACAGGUUUAAAAAACCGUCUUUGUAUUAACUAUGUAUCUAGCAGCCUAACUAUCAGAAUAUGUACGUGUUACAGGAUGCUGAGGAAGGUUUAGGUCCCCUAGAUCAAUAAUACAAAAAUACUUUUUUUUUUUUUUUUUUUGAUCCCCACAGCCUGAUAAGGGGUAAAAAGCUUUGAACUCUUAACAUGUUUGCAGUUAGGCAAUAUAAUGUGAUAUAAAAUGUGAAAAACAUGUUUUUUUUCCAUGUGAUUCUCUGCCGUAGCUCUUCCCCAUUCCUCACUCUUUGUCAAGAAAGUAAAAUCCAGAUUCUCAAGCAUUACCCUUCAGAAAUCUGAAUUCCUUUUCGCUUGGAGGCAGUGCACUUUAGGAUAACUGGGAGAUCCCAGCAAAGCUCUGGGGUUCGGAUCCCUGCUCCCCAUGGACCUGCCCCGCAGCCCUGGGCAAGUCCCUUCACCUCUGUGCCUCAGUGUCCCUGUCUGCUAAGAGGGAGUAACGAUGGUACAUUUGUUAUAUAAAGUGCUUUUAUGUAAAGCACUGUGUGUUAGUUAAAAGCACUGGAAAAAUAAAUACUAUUUUAAUUUCCGCUUAAUAGAUUGUUAACAAGAGAAGGUAAAUAUUCGAAGAGAGAAUUGUGUUCACAUAAAUAAAACCUUAGCAAUGCUAGUUUUUAUAACUUACAAGAAAACAAAAUGAUUGUUAACAUCUUUCAGCAAACAUAAUGGCUCAUUUUGGAUAUAAAUGUUUGGGUUAUAUAUGAUAGUUCAUGUUACUGUAACAUUUGUAUAACUGUUUGAUAAGAUAUAACUAUGGUACCUUCUUGUUGAGAUGAUGUUUCAUGCACUUAAGGAUAUUUUCUUUUGAUUCUGCCAAAGAGAUUGGUUUUGAAUUUAAAGAUAAAUAUAACUUAUCACAUCAAAGCUCUUCUGUGAUCUGUUUCUUUGAAAAUAUAUUUAUCUCUGUACACCCAUCUAAUAGAAAAUCUGCCUGCCUUUCCCAGUAAAAUAUUUAAGAGAUGUUUUAUUUUCCAUAUAACAGUAUAUGCUUCUGUAAUAUUUCUUGAAAAAAAUUAUCCUUUUGCACUAAGUAUUUUUGGAGAUUUUGAAGUAGUUUUAAAUAAUUUAUGAAAAAGAGCCAUAUUCUCAAUUUUAUCAUCAAACCCCUUCCUAAACUUGCAUGGUUUCCUCACACUCAUUUGUUAAGAAAUGCAAAUCAGCAGUGAAUCAAGAACCGAACGCAGGAGAUGAAGUAACGUGGCUAACCCUGCACCUGCUCUGCAGUAUGAACGAGGCAGCGAAGGUCACUUCACUGUCAAGAUAGAAGUCACCUCUUUGUGCCCACUAAAUCGGUCCUGUCAUCACUGGGCCUGCGCCUCGAGCUGCCCAGCACCCGGAGCUCCCACCAACCCCAGCGGGAGCUCCGAGCACCCAGCGCUUCCGAGGCGGAAACGGAAUAAAAAGCACCAAGGACUAUGGACUGAAAGUGCUUUGUUUGAGUUAGUGGAUCGGAAAGUGUAUUUAUUUUCAAACCAAAUCU